GCAGUCCACUAUGUUCCACCUGGGUGUCAGUGGAAAGCCCGCAGAGGUUAGAGUGGUAAGCCGUCCUCCUGCUACGCCCUGCUCAUCCUCCAUAUUUCCAAUGACAUGAUCACAGCAGUCAACCAAGCCGGGACACAGCUGAAGUUAGAGGAAAUGGAGGACCAGAGAUUAAGAGAUGAGGGACCAGAAGUGGAACUGAUGGAUGUGAAAGUGGAUGUACAAUCUGAUGAUCUGAGUUCCACCCACAGUGACACAAGGCCUCUGAUUCACGACAGAGAUCCUAAAGGAAUCAACAAGAGUCUUAAGGUCACGUUUGAGGAUGUGAUUGCAGAGCCUCCCUCGGUGCGGAGCUUUGAUAAAGUGUGGUUGUGGAGUCACGCCCUGUUUGAGGUGUCCAGGCUGUGGAUGUACCGCUUCAUCUCCCUCUUCCUGGCAGUGCCGGUCGCACUGGCAGCAGGGAUUCUCUUCGCUGUGCUCAGCUGCCUUCACAUCUGGUUAAUCAUGCCUUGUGUGCAGCUGCUUCUCAUCAACAUGCACUGGGUUCAGACUGUGUGGGGCAGCAUACUGAACAUUCUCAUCGGACCCUUCUUUACCAGUGUUGGAAAGUGUUGUGGUAGAAUCUCCAUCCAUCUGGCAAAAGAUGAAGACAGAUAGAAAAUCACGCUGUGUAUUGAUGUUUUGGCAAAACAGGGGAAAAGCAAAUGGUAACAGAUUGCACACUGAUUCCAUAAAGAUUUAAUAUGCAUCAUAAUUGCCUGUGAUUACACUGUGUUAUUGCUCACCUGGCAUGAUGUUUGGCGUGCUGUAUGUACCUGAACAAGCAUGGGUAGCAAAUGUGGGGUAAAUGGUACUAAAACUAUUUAAUGCACAAUUACAAAAACAAAUAGCAAUUACAUGUAUAAAACAUUGCAAUUCAAUUAGAAAAUAAUCUGUAUAUAAACCCAGACAGAAGGCGGAGGAAGCAACCAUCUCCCAACACUGCUGAUAGAGUAUAGAGCUACUUAACAGUCUCUGGAUGAAGAA